UUUGAAGAGAUUCCACUCGACCAUUUAGAGUUUGGUCGACAAAUCGGUCGCGGCGCGUUUGGCGAAGUAUUCCGCGGUAAGUAUAGAGGAACAGACGUUGCCAUCAAGCGAUUGUGCGUGCUGAGCGACGUGAGCGACGAGCGCGGUUUGGCUGAGUUCAAGCGCGAGCUUUCUUUCCUCACGCGUUUGCGACAUCGUCACAUCGUGCAAUUCAUCGGCGCAUCCACAGCACCGCCGAAUCUAUGCAUCAUCAUGGACUACUGCGACAAAGGAUCGCUAUACGCGUACCUGCACAACCCGAACAAGACCCUUUCGGCGUUUAAGGUUCUGAAAUGGAUGAGCGAGGCCGCGAAAGGCUUGGUGUAUUUGCACGCUUCGGACAUCAUCCACCGCGACGUCAAGUCUGGAAACUUGUUCAUCGACGACGGCGGAUCCAUAAAACUCGGAGAUUUUGGGUUGUCGAAAUUUCACACCGGCGCGUCGACGAGCGGCGGCAUGAUGUCGCUCGUCGGCACGUACCAGUUCAUGGCUCCCGAACUCCUCGAAGGCCAGCCUCGGUACACGACCGCCGUUGACGUGUACAGUUUCGCCGUCGUCAUGUGGGAGUGUCUCACGCGCGAAGAUCCCUUCAGCGGUUUAUCACCGAUGCAAAUCGUCGCCGCUCUACUUCGCGGCGAGCGUCCGUCGCUCGAUGACGCCUCAAAGUUCGCCGUGCGUCUUCCCGAAGAAUACAUCGCCGUCAUCGCUCGAUGUUGGCGCGCCGACGCCCUCGAGCGUCCCACGAUGGAAGACAUCGCCCCCGAGCUCGAGCGCAUG